AUGACGCCGCCGUUUCCGAAAUCGUCGUCCGUCCCUGGUCAAGGCCACAUCGUCACCAAGAUGCUCCCGGGUGGCGGCAACGGCCUCGAGUCCAUCUCGUAUCAGUACCCGUUGAAGCUCAUCUCGCCAAACUCGCCCGCGAGCGGUCAGAAAAGCGUCCUGGUCUUCCUCUUGUCCUACGGCGGCGGCCUGGUGGGAGGGGACGCCGUCGAGCUCUCGAUCCACGUCCGAGCCAAUACGAGCCUGAGCCUCGUCACCCAAGGCCACACCAAGGUCUUUAGGUCGCCCUCUGCCGACGUGGUGACGAGCCAGCUCAUCAAUGUCCAGGUCGGCAGUGGAGCCGCGCUGUGCCUGCUUCCGGACCCCGUGCAGCCGUUCCAGGACAGCGUGUACAGGCAGACGCAAAUAUUCCGCCUGGCAGCAGGGGCGUCCCUGUGUCUCCUCGACUGGGUCACGGCCGGCCGGACGGCGCGCGGAGAAAGCUGGAGCUUGGUCAAGUGGACCGGCCGGAACGAGGUGUGGCUCCAGAGCGACGACGAGGCUCGCGGGAGCCGUCUCUUGGUGAGGGACGCCGUGGUUCUUUCCCAAGACGGCGCACGGGCCGUUGGCCAGCCACUCGGCGGCGCGAUGCACAACAUGAGCGUUUUCGGAUCCUUGAUCCUGCGCGGCGGCGCGGUGGAGAGCCUGGGGGAUUUUUUCCUGGCCGAGUUUGCGGCUCUGCCCAGGCUAGGGGCCCGCGACUUUGGCACGCAAGAGGACCGCGACAAGGCGGCGCAGAGGAUGACGGACUUUGAGAGAUGGCGAGCGAGACGGGUCGAGUACGAGGCGGACCGGGGCGUCUUGUGGUCUGCAGCCCGCGUCAGAGGCUGUGUCGUCGUCAAGUUUGGGAGCGCGACGGUCGAGGCUGGCCGGGAAUGGAUCGGGGCCAUGCUGAUCAAGGAAGGAAGCAUUUGCGCGCGCUUUGGGGACGAGGCCUUGAUGUGUGUCAAGUAA